CGUUAGCAACAACAACAAGAAAAAUGGAGGGAGUGCGAAGUGUAACGGAGAAUGGGAUGAGAGAAGGCGAAGAUAUCGAAGCCCACGGCAAUUAGAAAGAAAGACGUUUAAAUCGUUAUUAACACUCAUAACCAUUUCAUCGCUCGCUGCAUUUUUCUGCAAAAUCUCAAUUCCUUCGCUCCAUUCUCUCUCACAUUCGGCACCAUGUCCCAUAUUCAGCCCUCACUUCAGAAUUCUGGUUUUACCAUCCACAAUGCUGGAAGGAGCUCUGAAAGUAGGCUUUUGAUUCAGAGCUUAACCAUGGGUGAGAAGCACAUGGAUUCUCGAUCCGCCAAGUGGAAGCGAACACAAGUAUCAUGUCAGAAAACAGCUGAACCCGUCAGCCUCUCCAAGUCUGAUGCUUCUUUGCAAAGCUUUCCUAUGGAGAAAAAUCCUUCACAAGCUGCAAGUUUUCCUUAUGGAUUUGAGGCUUUGGUCACAGAGGUAUGUGAUGAGACUCAGAUUGCUGAAUUGAAAGUAAAGGUUGGAGAGUUUGAGAUGCAUAUGAAACGCAACAUUGGAGUAGUCAAAGCUCCUUUAUCCAACAUUUCACCAACUACAGCACCACAUGUUCCGAGUAAACCUAUGGUGGAAUCAGCACCUGCUACACCAGCACCAUCACCACAACCACCAAAAUCAUCUCCAGCGAAGACCAAUCCAUUUCUGAAUGAUGCCACCGUGAAGUCAUCAAAGUUAGCAGCACUGGAUGCUUCUGGUCCCAAUACUUAUGUCCUUGUGUCAUCCCCGACGGUAUCUUUAACUGUUGGUUCAUUCCGAAGAGGUAGGACAGUGAAAGGGAAGAAGCAGCCUCCUAUCUGCAAAGAGGGUGAUUACAUCAAAGAAGGCCAAGUAAUAGGGUAUCUGGAUCAGUUUGGCACUUCACUUCCUGUUAAGUCAGACGUGUCUGGAGAGGUGUUCAAGCUACUCUUUCAGGAUGGAGAGGCUGUUGGUUAUGGAGAUCCUCUUAUGGCUGUCUUGCCUUCAUUCCAGAAUAUCAAGUGAUGAGUCAUGUGGCAUCAUUUCUUGAGCAGCUGAUAUGACGAAUUCAUUUGUAGUCUGGUUAUUCUUUCUUUUCGGCCGCAAAUAAGUCAAGAAAUAAUGAAUGGUACCGCUAUAUUGGCAAGGAGUCCUUUAUAAGAAUUUGCAUGAGUUGCAGAAAAAAUAGAUAUUACAAGGCAACUUCUAGUUCUAUAGUGCUUAGCUUGCUUAGAGAUAUUUGAACCAGCAUUGCAACAAUGUGCAAACAUUUUCUUUUUGCUGAAUGAUAUCAGAGCACAUAAAAUAACCUACUGAUCACAUC